UUAAAAUUUCUAAACUUAGGAUUUGUAUAUGUUCCCAUCAUGUCUUAUAUCGGCAGCUCUAAAAGAAAGGGAAUUCUUAAAAGAAAUGAUGAAAAACCAAGUUUUAGGUUCAAAAAGUUGGGGUUAAGUAUGCCUACAUCUGACAACACUGCAGUGAAGUUCACAGGAUACCAUGCCGACCCCAUCCAGGUGCAGGUUAGACUGCCAAAGCGGCAUCCCAUCCCAGGCAAGGACAUCAUUCCUGAACCCCCUCCAGAGCAAGAUAAGGUUCAAAAGGAGGGGGAUAUGUAUCCUUUGAAGUGGCCUUCAUACACUCACAGUGAUGUUGAGAAGAAAAUUAAAAGUGUAUUAGAACCUCUGUCACUGUUCACAGCUUAUGGUGAUGAUGAAGAUGCAGAAGGGAAACCCAGAGUUGAACUUGAAAGACCAAAUACUCCAAUAAAUGAAGAAAUUAGACAACAGCCCACUAGUUUAGAACAACUGGCCAAAUUUGUAAGAAGGAGGAUUAAAGCCAGGCCUGAUGAUCCUUACCUGUCCAUUGAUGAUCAACAAAAUUUGGCUGGAAUUUUGAUGGGGGAAAUCAAUUUGAUAUGGCCAGAAAUCAGAAAACAAAUAGAUGACCCAUUCCUGAGUCCAGAACAAAACAAAGAACUAAACAGACGAAUAGCUGUACACAUAGUAACCGUAUGUGAAGAACUGUUCAACCACUACACCAAAAAAGCUCAAGUUUUGAACCAGCGAGGGAUUUUUAGUGGUCCUGCUAAUAUGAGCAGAUUGAAGGCCCAGUUAGCUUUAGAUGCAAAUAAAUUCUUCAAUAUUUUGACAAUACGGAGAUACAUCGUGGAGGACAUUCGUAAACAAGCUACAGACGGAGAUACAGGAGAGGAUGUUGUCUACUCAGCGUCACCAGAAAAACCAGUACGAACCAAAUCAGAUGUUCCGGUUCUGUCAUUUAAAGGAAUGAUCCAAACCAGUCGUCCAAAGUCUAAAGUGAAGAGAUACAGGUUUCAUACUCCUGAGCAAGAAGCAAAACAGAUUGUGGACAAUAUGCCCUCCUUGGACACCAAUAAAGUACUGGGUCUUUUGACUGACCUCCCGGAAAGAGAUCUAGAAACUCCAUCAGAGGCAUCAGAAGGGAAAGCAUCAAGAAUCUCUGACAGAGAGAAGCAGACCUCAGGUGUGUCAAAAGAGGAUCUUUCAAGGAGGAAGGUACUUUUAAAGCGGUCCCGCUCUCUGCCAGAUAUUCAGUUUGGGGAGACACUUCUAGAAGAACUUGGUAUUGAUCGAUCUAUCAAAAAGGAUGUACUGGCUCAGUAUGAAAUUGACAUUCUCAAACGUCAAAUGGCUCAGCAGAAAGUGCAGCAGAGUAAGCAGAAAAUCGUGGUAGAUGCCAGUAAGAAACCUCAGCCAGGAACUCGAGAGUACGCUGCUCAAGAUUUACAACGCCUUGUCAAACGCCCACAAGACACAGAGGAUCCGAAGAUCAAGGAAGACCUGCCACCAUUGUUACAGGCUAUUACAAGAAGUGCUAAACAUGAUGGUCUGAAAGAGAGAUUGGAGCAGAGAAUGAAAGAAUUGGAAGAGAAGGAAAGACAAGAUAUCAAAGAGUCAAGUGUGAACAUUAGGGAACCAACACACCCCCAGCCUUCAACUGUCAGUGCUAGACUUCCAGGGAUGGAAGUCAGAGCAUCAGAUAUCCGGGUGUCAGAGAGAGUUUGUAUGUCUUCAAUCACCAUCGAUGGAUACACAACAGUGUACAAUGAACUCACUGAUGAGAUUGAUCCUGCCACUGUGAAGAGUCUAGAUAAGAACUUAUUCCUCAGUGAUGAGAUUAAGGAGGUGUACAGAGAAAUCAUGAAGACUGUCCCUACAGACCAUCUUAGGCUGGAUGAUGAUGAAAUGGUUCAAAAAGCUGCUGAUGAUGUUAAUUUAUCAGGCACUAUGGCUUCCUCCACACUGGCAAAGAGGCGAAGUCAACGAGUGAUUAACCCUGCCCUGAAUCGGGGUCAGAAGGCCCCAUGGGGGGAAAUGGAUCCCAAACAGUGGGUCAGAACACCCCACAACCCUCCAAAGAAUUUCUUAGGAGAAGAUACAUUUCAUCCAACUUUUUUUCCUAAAUAUAAGACACCUAACAUGGAAAAGAUUCAUGACUUUAUGCACAAUCCUCGAAAAAUGGCCCAGAUCAAGGAGCAGACAGAAAAUAUGCCCAAAUUUGUUGCCGAGAAAAUGUCAAGGACGUACGCUUCCUGGCUCCAAUGGUGGAGGAGUACCAUUACCAGCGACGACUACAUGAAAUACUUGUCGACCACGGAGUCGGAUUAUAUGGGGGUGGUAUUUCAUUUCUACGACUCUGAGGACGAGGAUGAGGAGGAAGAAGAGGAGCCUACUCCUCGAGGCUACACCAUACCAAGGAUGGGCAUGUCUCCAUUUAAACCUCACUCCAGGGCGGGGCAGCCCAGUAAACUAGCAGAACUCAAAAAGCAGCAGAGGUUACAGUUGGAGAGAGAGAAGAAAAUAGAGGAAUUAAAACAAGAGAAGAAUAAGUAUGAAGAGGGAAUGUGGAAUGUGAACUCCAUCUUGAUGGGUGGAUUGGGGAAGGACCCAGUCCUUACAGAACCACAGGAUGAUGAUGAUGCAUCGUCCUCCAGAAAGAAGUCAGCUGACACAACUAAAUCGGCUAAAACUCUCCAGGAAAGAGCUGCUGCCCGACACUCGGCAAAACUAGAAAAAGCAGGAAGAGAGGUUGCCACAACAUCUCGAGCCUCUAAAGUGACAACUAUAACUGGAACCAUUAGUAAGCUGGAGACAGAUCGUACAGAGGAGAGUGGGGAGGUACAACUUACCCCUCAGGAGAGACUGGAGAAGGUUUGGGGUUCACUAGAGAUGCCAGACAACCUUAAACUGGACAUGGCUAUUAAAUACAGCACCAAUGACUACUAUGUUAAACUAUAUGAGGCUAUUGAGCACUGGGAGAAGGUGACAGAUCUCAUACUGAAGAGAGAAGACCUUCUGGCCAAACUUGAAAAAUUCGAGAGGGCUGCCUCAGACCCCAACAGGUUCUUUGAGAAAGGAAAUAAAGGAAGCUCAGUGAAGAGAUUACAGGAAGCAAAACAAAGAAGCUACUUGUAUAAGAGGAUAGAAUACUAUGAUCACGAAAUAAAGGUGGAGUUAACUCUGAUAAAAAAACACUUCAAAGAUGAAGUAUCUUAUAAAGGACGUCCAUAUGAAGAGAAAAUAAAAUGGGACAGAAUAGAGAUGUUAUAUUGGCUCCAGGAAGAAAGGAAAAGCAGUGCCAUCAAGUACGAAUCCAUGAUGAAACCAUUCCAAGUGGGCACUGCCCGCUUAGAGCCCAUUCCAAAUCUUCCCCAGGAGGGAUGGGUAUAACAGUCUGUGCCCCCUUUUCCUGAGUGUCCAGUAAGGAUUUGGGGAUUCGAUGUUGUAACUUCUGUGAUAGAAUUGUUAUAAACUCUAUAGCUGAUAUACAUGUACACAUAACUACUGUGUGAUAUAGUACGAUUGAAAUGGAAGCUAAAUGUUUUAUCUGAUUAUAUCCGUCCAGUAUCUUACUGCUGAUAAUAAAAAAUACAUUUUGAA